AUGGCUUCCUCAGACCAGUCAAAUGACCACCUGGUCCAUUCGCCUGAUUCCCAGCAUCCAGCGAACCUGAUCUGCGAGCUCUGCCGCAAAUUCUACACUCUAGGCUGGGUCACCGGUACAGGGGGCGGCACCAGCAUCCGGCACAAUGACCAUCUCUUCAUCGCGCCCUCCGGCGUCCAGAAAGAGCUCAUGCAGCCGACUGAUAUGUUCGUGAUGGACUUCCACAGCCGCGAGUACCUGCGCAGACCUCCCAACCUCAAACCCUCCGCCUGCACACCCCUGUUCUAUGCGGCUUUCUCAAGGCGCGGCGCCGGCUGCUGCAUCCAUACGCACUCGCAAUGGGCCGUGUUGGUUACGCUGCUGGUGGAGCGCGAGUUCGGUUCCAGUGCUUGCUUCGAGAUUGAGCGGAUUGAGCAGAUCAAGGGGAUACCGAAGGGGAGGGGAGACGAUGGGAAGGUGGGAGGAAUGCUGGGAUAUUUUGAGAGGCUGAGGGUGCCGAUCAUUGAGAAUACUGCGAGGGAAGAGGACUUGACGGAGAGCUUGGAAGCGGCGAUGGAGAAAUACCCGGAUACUUUUGCGGUACUGGUCCGGCGGCAUGGAAUAUAUGUGUGGGGAGACAACGUGCAAAGAGCGAAGACGCAGUGCGAAAGCCUUGACUACAUCUUCCAGCUCGCGGUCGAGAUGAAGAAGCUUGGUCUGCCAUGGACCUAG